UUCACAUUUUAUUUGGUGAUGCCACCAAACAAGGCAUCAUUCAUGAUUGGCUGGAAAAAGGACGUCCUAAAUGCACCAAGUUCGUAUCUCGACUUACUUUAUUUUCAUUUAUUUUUAUGCUCACUUAUUUAAUUUUUUUUCUUUGUUUGUUUAGAAGGCAAAGCUGGAUAUACGAUCCAAAGAUUGACAACUUCCAUCCCCGUCUUUCUCUUGGCGUGGUUGAUUUUCAAACAAAAUCCUGAUUUUACCAUCUCUACCACGUUGGAAAGCCUAUUUAGUGUUCUGUAAGUAUAUCUUCUUCUUUUAUUUGUUCUUUUUUUAUUUUGUGUGUUUAUUAUUUGAAUUACUCACGAUAGUUUUGUUAAUAACAUUGUUGUGACUGUAUGGCUACUUAACCUUAAUUUUUGUUCUUUUGGCAGCAUGUAGAUGUUCUCUUUUAUUAUAUGAGAAAGAAAAGGAAAUAUGGAUGUGUUGUAAACAGUAGAUGUACGUCUACUGAUAAUUUUUUUGAUCGGCAUAUUCAAACUCUCUACACAACAUACAUGAAAAAGCAAGAUGUGUCACUUGUUUCUUCGAAACAUACAGUGGCUGUCUACAUUAAAGGUGGUGCUAUGCGUUGCAAUACCAAGUGGGCUAAUGUUGACGAUGUUAUUUUUCCGAUCAAUUGUGUUAACGAUUGGCAUUGGAUUUUGGCUCGCCUGAAUUUCAAGGAACGAUGCAUCUAUAUCUACAAUUCGUUGAGGUCGGCGCAAUAUGACAGAUCAGCAACUGAAUAUGUUACCUGCUAUAGUGUGUUGCUUCCACUAUUCCUUCAAGCUACCAAUUUUUAUGAUUCUCGAGAUGACAUCGAUACUACUGCCGGUGCUUAUGAGGGAAAGAGAAUAACUGAUCCGUUCAGAAUAGAGAUUGUGGAAAACAUGCCUAUCCAAAAUGAUGUUGAUUGUGGAGUUCAUAUGUUUUCCGCUGCUGAGUUCUUUGUUGAUGGGAAAGUUAUGGGGCAUGAUUAUGAUGUCAAAGAACACCGUGCUCGUUACGCUUCGUCAUUAUAUUUGUAUGCGCGUUGGAAGGAAAGCUCUUUAUGUGUUAGUGAAGAUGAAGGUCCUCUUAAACUCAAGAGAACAUUUGCGUAGGGAGUGAAGAGGAAGCUAAUUUAUGUAGGUUCAAGA